AUGGCGGGCAACGUGAAAAAGAGCUCCGGGGCCGGGGGCGGCGGCGGCUCCGGGGGCUCGGGCUCGGGCGGCCUGAUCGGGCUCAUGAAGGACGCCUUCCAGCCGCACCACCACCACCACCACCUCAGCCCCCACCCGCCCGGCACCGUGGACAAGAAGAUGGUGGAGAAGUGCUGGAAGCUCAUGGACAAGGUGGUGCGAUUGUGUCAGAACCCAAAGCUGGCGCUAAAGAAUAGCCCACCUUAUAUCUUAGACCUGCUGCCAGAUACCUACCAGCAUCUCCGCACUAUCUUGUCAAGAUAUGAGGGGAAGAUGGAGACACUUGGAGAAAAUGAGUAUUUUAGGGUGUUCAUGGAGAAUUUGAUGAAGAAAACUAAGCAGACCAUAAGCCUCUUCAAGGAGGGGAAAGAAAGAAUGUAUGAGGAGAAUUCUCAGCCUAGGCGAAACCUAACCAAACUGUCCCUGAUCUUCAGCCACAUGCUGGCAGAACUAAAAGGAAUCUUUCCAAGUGGACUCUUUCAAGGAGACACAUUUCGGAUUACUAAAGCAGAUGCCGCAGAAUUUUGGAGGAAAGCUUUUGGGGAAAAGACGAUAGUCCCUUGGAAGAGUUUCCGACAGGCCCUUCAUGAAGUGCAUCCCAUCAGUUCUGGGCUCGAGGCCAUGGCUCUGAAAUCCACUAUUGAUCUGACCUGCAAUGAUUAUAUUUCAGUUUUUGAAUUUGACAUUUUCACACGACUCUUUCAGCCCUGGUCCUCUUUGCUCAGGAACUGGAACAGUCUUGCCGUAACUCAUCCUGGUUACAUGGCUUUCCUGACCUAUGACGAAGUGAAAGCUCGGCUCCAGAAGUUCAUUCACAAACCAGGCAGUUACAUUUUCCGGCUGAGCUGCACUCGUCUGGGUCAGUGGGCUAUUGGGUAUGUCACUGCUGAUGGGAACAUUCUCCAGACAAUCCCUCACAAUAAACCUCUCUUCCAAGCCCUGAUUGACGGCUUCAGGGAAGGCUUCUAUCUGUUUCCAGAUGGACGGAAUCAGAAUCCCGACCUGACAGGCCUAUGUGAACCAACUCCCCAAGACCACAUCAAAGUGACCCAGGAACAAUAUGAAUUAUACUGUGAGAUGGGCUCCACCUUCCAACUGUGUAAAAUAUGCGCUGAAAACGACAAGGAUGUGAAAAUUGAGCCCUGUGGACACCUCAUGUGCACGUCCUGUCUCACAUCCUGGCAGGAAUCAGAAGGCCAGGGCUGUCCUUUCUGCCGAUGUGAAAUUAAAGGUACUGAGCCCAUUGUGGUAGAUCCGUUUGACCCUCGAGGAAGUGGCAGCCUCCUGAGGCAAGGGGCCGAGGGAGCUCCCUCCCCAAAUUAUGAGGACGAUGACGAUGAACGAGCUGAUGAUUCUCUGUUUAUGAUGAAGGAACUGGCUGGUGCCAAGGUGGAACGGCCUCCUUCUCCGUUUUCCAUGGCCCCACAAGCUUCCCUUCCCCCAGUGCCGCCACGACUUGACCUUCUGCAACAGCGGGUAUCUCUUCCUUCAAGUGCUUCUGGUCUUGGAACUGCUUCUAAGGUAGCUUCUGGCUCCCUUCAUAAGGACAAACCAUUACCAAUACCUCCCACACUUCGAGAUCUUCCACCACCACCCCCUCCAGACCGGCCAUAUUCUGUUGGAGCAGAAACCCGGCCACAGAGACGUCCCUUGCCUUGUACACCGGGCGACUGUCCAUCCAGGGACAAACUGCCCCCUGUUCCCUCUAGCCGCCUUGGGGAAUCAUGGCUGCCUCGGCCAAUCCCCAAAGUACCGGUGGUUGCCCCAAACUCUAGUGACCCCUGGACAGGUAGAGAAUUAACCAAUAGGCACUCACUUCCAUUUUCAUUGCCCUCACAAAUGGAACCCAGAACAGAUGUGUCCAGGCUUGGAAGCACAUUCAGUGUGGAUACCUCCAUGAAUGUGAAUAACAGCCCAUUAGCAGGUUCAGAGUGUGAGCACCCCAAGAUCAAACCUUCCGCAUCUGCCAAUGCCAUUUAUUCUCUGGCUGCCAGGCCUCUUCCUGUGCCAAAGCUGCCCCCUGGGGAGCAGUGUGAAAGUGAGGAGGACACAGAGUAUAUGACCCCCUCCUCCAGACCUCUAGGGCUGCCGAAGCCAGAUGGGAAACGGCCUUUGGAGACAACGCAGAGUUCACGAGUGUGUGAUUGUGACCAGCCGAUCGAUAGCUGUACAUACGAAGCGAUGUACAAUAUUCAGUCCCAGGCGACACCAUCUGCCACGGAGAGCAUCCCCUUCGGUGAAGGGACUCUGGCCGCGGGCCACGCGGGCGCCGGCCCCGAGGGAUCAGAAAAUGAGGAGGAUGGCUAUGACGUCCCUAAGCCGCCGGUGCCGGCCGUGCUGGCCCGCCGGACCCUCUCCGACAUCUCCAACGCCAGCUCCUCGUUCGGCUGGUUGUCUCUGGAAGGCGAUGCCACCACACACUUCACUGAGGGUUCCCAAGUUCCUGAAAGGCCUCCCAAACCGUUCCCUCGGCGAAUCAACUCGGAACGGAAAGCAGGCGGCUGUCAGCAGGGCGGCGCUGCCGCGGCCGCCUCGCCACAGCUCUCCAGUGAGAUCGAGAGCCUCCUGAGCCAGGGGUACUCCUACCAGGACAUCCAGAAAGCCCUGGUCAUUGCCCACAACAACGUCGAAAUGGCCAAGAACAUCCUCCGGGAGUUUGUUUCUAUCUCGUCUCCCGCCCACCUCGCCACCUAGCACAGCCCGCCCCGCUGUGGCGUCAGAGGACCAGUGAGCCGGCGCUCCUCCCCGGGG